AGGACGAAGGCGCAUGUUAAAUAAUUGUUAAGGACAACAACACCCAUCCUCCUCUUGUUCAACUUACGCCUGAGCUCUAAACAUGGCUUUAGAAGCCGCUGCCCGCGUGGCCUUGUCGUCAUCUGCGAAGGCCAUUGCUUCCCCAGCAGCCAUCUCAGCAAGAGCUAUCCGACCUCUAGCCGUUGGGAUAUCCGCACACAGAACGACCGGCUCUAUUCUUCCCCAGCGCAGGACUCUUCAUGUCUCGCCGAGGAGGCCGAAUAACAAUUCUGGUCUUAUGGGCCUAGGCGGCUCUUCAAUUCCAUCAUCAUACUUCCAGCGCCCCUCGCUCCCAGCAAAUACCAUCAUUAGAUUCGUGCCCCAACAAACAGCAUGGAUUGUCGAGCGCAUGGGAAAGUUCAACAGGAUACUACAGCCCGGUCUUGCGAUACUGGUACCAUUCCUUGACCGGAUAGCAUACGUCAAGAGCUUGAAGGAAUCUGCGAUCGAGAUACCCAGCCAAAGCGCGAUCACAGCCGAUAACGUCACACUUGACCUGGAUGGUGUUUUAUAUACUCGGGUGUUCGAUGCAUACAAGGCCAGCUACGGUGUUGAAGAUGCCGAAUACGCCAUCUCCCAACUGGCGCAAACCACCAUGCGCUCCGAAAUCGGUCAAUUGACCCUCGACCACGUCCUAAAAGAGCGCACGACGCUCAACUCCAACAUCACAGCCGCCAUCAACGAGGCCGCACAAGACUGGGGCGUCACCUGCCUCCGUUACGAGAUCCGCGACAUCCACGCCCCCGAAGAGGUCGUCAAGGCCAUGCACAGACAAGUCACAGCAGAGCGCUCCAAGCGCGCCGAGAUUCUGGACUCCGAGGGUCAGAGGCAGUCGGCUAUCAAUAUUGCCGAGGGACGGAAGCAGAGUGUUAUCCUCGCAUCCGAGGCCUUAAGGUCAGAGCAGAUUAAUAUGGCGAGUGGAGAGGCAGAGGCGAUCCUGUUGAAGGCGACGGCGACAGCGGCGGGUAUUGACGCGGUGGCGAACAGUAUCGCCACUGGCAAGGAGGCCGCACAGGGUGCUGUCAGCCUUAGUGUUGCGGAGAAGUACGUCGAUGCGUUCGGAAAACUGGCGAAGGAAGGCACGGCUGUUGUAGUCCCCGGAAACGUUGGGGAUAUUGGAAGCAUGAUCGCGAGUGCGAUGGCCGUCUAUGGCCAAGUUGGUGACGCGCAGGCUAAGACAAUGGCUGCCCGCCAAUUGGAGGCGUCGAGGAAGCAGGCUGCCAGUGAGGAGCUCUCAGGACUGGGCGAGUCCCCUAAUGAGGAGAUGAAGAGGAGCAUGUUGGCAGGCUUCGAGAAAACAACAAACCAAAAGUAAAGGGGCUGGGCUUUAGUCCAUGGGUUGUAAAUAUAGUUAAACCGAGUCCGACGGAGCGUCACUCAUCUCAUUUCAAGUCUACUGUAGUCUUAUGUAGGUGUACGGUCAGCAUAGGCCAGGCGCAACAAUUCAAGAUCAUCC